GGGGCCGGCCGGGGCGGUGCUGGCGGCGGCAGGAGGAGGAGGAGGACGAAGAUGGUGGCCGCGGGAGAAGCGGUCGGCUGCUGGGCUUUCCGCCCUGCGCUGCAUCGCCACCCCCGCUGGAGCCGCCCUGCCUGCUGAGGAGGCGGCGCGGACCCGCACCAGCUGUGAUAGACAAAAUGUCAGCGGAAUAAGUGACCUACUGUCCAAAAUUUGCCAUGAACCAUUUGGUUGGACCACCUGAGGGGGAGGUCAGUGAAGAGCCAGCAAACGGAGCAGUGAGUGAGUCAGUGGAAGCUGACCUGGAGCACCCAGAGGUGGAAGAGGAGCAGAGGUAUGCGGUUCGCUACCCAAGGCACACCAACAGCAGCCACGUGGGCCUCUCUGGGCAGGAGGAGGAAGGCAUGUUAGCUCGGUCAGCCAGCACUGAGAGUGGUUUCCACAAUCACACGGAUACUGCAGAAGGGGAUGUGAUAGCCACAGUGGAGGAUAGUUAUGAUGUCGAGAGAGUGCAGGAAAAUGAGGAUGAGAGUGCAUACGCAGUGCAGUACAGGCCUGAGUCUGAGGAGUACACGGAGAAUGCUGAGGCUGAGCAUGGUGAGGCCAUUCACAACCGAACAUUGCCCAAUCACUUACAUUUCCAUUCCAUCGAGCACGAGGAAGCCAUGAACGCAGCCUACUCGGGUUACGUCUACACGCAUCGCCUCUUCCACCGAGGAGAGGAUGAACAGUAUGCUGAGGCUUACGCUGACUAUGGGCUGCAGGAGCAUGUGUAUGAGGAAAUAGGAGACACACCAGAUCUUGAUGUUAGCGAGGGCAUCCAGCAGUAUGAGCGGGAGAGGGAGGAGGCCGACAAUUACCGCAAGGAGGCACUUGGUGCCCGCCUUCACCAUUAUGAUGAACGGUCUGACGGAGAGUCUGACAGCCCUGAAAAGGAAGCAGAGUUUGCACCCUACCCAAGAAUGGAUAGUUACGAACAAGAGGAGGACAUUGAUCAGAUUGUAGCAGAGGUGAAGCAGAGCAUGAGUUCCCAGAGCUUAGAUAAGGCAGCUGAAGACAUGCCGGAGUCAGAGCAGAGUUUGGAGCAUGGCCAGGCUCUUGUCAGUAGUGGGCAUGAAAGUAAUGGCCAGCUAACAUCUGGUUCUCGAGUUACAUCUGGCUCGGGAGAAUCUGUUCAGAGGUACAGCAAGGAAAAAAGAGAUGCAAUUUCACUGGCCAUCAAGGAUAUUAAAGAGGCUAUUGAGGAAGUGAAGACGAGGACCAUCCGUUCUCCUUAUACCCCUGAUGAACCUAAGGAGCCUAUCUGGGUGAUGCGACAGGACAUCAGUCCAUCCAGGGAUUCUGACGACCAGAGGCCACUAGAUGGGGAUUCUCCAUCUCCAGAUUCCUCUUCACCUCGUGGUGCUGAAUCAUCAAGCAGACAACAUCACCAGGAUGUCUGCAGUACAGCAGAGGCUUCCACUAAUAAAGAGUCCAGAAAAAGCUUGGCUUCAUUUCCAACGUAUGUUGAAGUUCCUGGACCCUGCGAUCCUGAAGACCUAAUUGAUGGAAUAAUUUUUGCUGCCAAUUACCUUGGUUCAACUCAACUCCUUUCUGAUAAAACUCCAUCCAAGAAUGUGAGAAUGAUGCAGGCUCAGGAAGCUGUCAGCAGGAUCAAGAUGGCCCAGAAAUUAGCCAAAAGCAGGAAGAAGGCUCCAGAAGGUGAAUCUCAACCUAUGACUGAAGUGGACCUGUUCAUUUCUACACAGAGAAUAAAAGUACUGAAUGCAGACACACAGGAAACCAUGAUGGAUCAUCCCCUGCGGACCAUUUCUUACAUUGCUGAUAUAGGAAAUAUAGUUGUUUUGAUGGCUCGUAGGCGAAUGCCACGCUCUAACUCGCAGGAUAAUGUGGAAGCAUCUCACCCCUCUCAAGAUGGAAAGAGGCAGUACAAAAUGAUUUGUCAUGUCUUUGAGUCUGAGGAUGCACAGCUGAUUGCACAGUCCAUAGGUCAAGCAUUUAGUGUGGCCUACCAAGAAUUUUUGAGGGCAAAUGGAAUCAACCCAGAAGACCUUAGCCAGAAGGAAUAUAGCGACUUGCUUAAUACCCAGGACAUGUACAAUGAUGAUCUGAUUCACUUCUCCAAAUCUGAAAAUUGCAAAGAUGUUUACAUUGAAAAGCAAAAGGGAGAAAUUCUAGGUGUGGUGAUUGUGGAGUCUGGCUGGGGAUCCAUUUUGCCUACAGUUAUCAUAGCCAACAUGAUGCAUGGAGGACCGGCGGAGAAGUCUGGGAAGCUGAACAUAGGGGACCAGAUCAUGUCAAUCAAUGGGACCAGCUUGGUUGGUUUACCGCUCUCAACAUGUCAGAGCAUUAUAAAGGGUUUGAAAAACCAGGCCCGGGUUAAACUGAACAUAGUUAGAUGUCCUCCAGUAACCACAGUCUUGAUCAGAAGACCAGACCUCAGAUAUCAGCUGGGCUUCAGUGUGCAGAAUGGGAUCAUCUGUAGCCUUAUGAGAGGAGGCAUUGCAGAGCGAGGAGGUGUGCGUGUUGGCCAUCGGAUCAUUGAAAUCAAUGGGCAGAGCGUUGUGGCAACACCCCAUGAGAAAAUUGUUCACAUCCUCUCAAAUGCUGUUGGUGAGAUCCAUAUGAAGACUAUGCCAGCUGCCAUGUACAGACUGUUGACUGCACAAGAGCAACCAGUUUACAUCUGAAGCCGACACCUCACCACCACAGUGUGCAUGGAAGAUGUUUUUUCCUCAUUAGUGCUUGUCUCUCUAGUGCUGCAUUGCUGUGUCUGCAAAGACAUUUCUUUCUCUCUCCCCCCAUCACAGACACAAAUACACUGUUACUCUCUCCUUCAUCCCUUUUCCCUCUUCUUCCCACCAUUUUGGUAAGGGGCAAAAUAUACCUGUGGAACUCUUUUGGUUGCAUCUUUUUACAAGUGAAACUUCAUGCAGCUCCACGUGCAAAACAGGAGAAUAACAGCAGCAUAGUUUACAGCAGUAUUCACAGAUGGCUCUAUUUCAUGCUACAUAAUCAGUUUCAUUUCUGUGGCUGUAAUUUUACAAAAAUUAUUUUACCAAAUAGAUAGAAGUAUAGGGUAAAAGGUGUUCCCUUGGAUAUCCUGCCUGUGACUUUGAUUCUCUUGCCCUCUUUUCUCACAGGCACCAGCUCAGUACUAAAGGUUUGUGUCUGUGGGGAAAGUAGAAUACCAAAAGGAUUAUUUUGCCCUCAGGAAAAAUUGCCUGCUUAUGAAGAUUCACUAAAUGCUGCUGUUGUAAAAUGAAUUGUCCAAAUACACACCUUUUAAUUCCCUUCUGUCAUCUGUUCUUCAUGAUAGUAGGACUCCAAAAGAUACUCCAUAAGUUCCUGAAGCAUGUUAUUCUUGCAUUACUUACACUAAGAAAUUUGGGAGGCAUUUUUUACAGCUGCCUCCCUCUCUCUGCCCCCAGGUUUUUAUCUCCUAGUUUUCUUCAGCUUUGUGUUUUAUAGUCCCUUCCUGAUUUUAGAGGUUAAAGAAGUGGGGGGGAGAAUCUUUAAAUAGCCACAAGAAAAAUAUUGAGGGGAUCUGCUGAAUAGCUACACUUUUCUAGGCUCUUAAUUCCGAUUUUGGUGCACAUAGCCAUGUGUGCCAGUGUAUAUAGACAUUUUUAAAAUUGUGCUUCCUAUUUAUGAAGUUUGAAUAUAAGAGAUCUGCAGACUAUUCUAAGUAAUUUUGUUCUCUGAGCCAGUUUUAACAUAUAUUUUUGUCCAAAGACCUGUCUAAUUUUAUUGACUUCCUAUUUAGUUCAUGAUAUGUAGGUAACAGUUGAAAGGAUGAGGCAGGAAUAAACUUAUUUAUUUUGUUAUAUAAUUUAGCUUGUGAUUUUUUCCCAUAUAUAUGGCACUUAAAAGAGAUAUGUAUGUACUAUAUGCACUUGUAUGAAGAUGAUUAACUGUAGGGAUGUAUGAAAUCUUGUAUUUGAUUAGCCUCUAAGUUGCAUGCUAGAGACAAAAUGGGAAAAGGGGGCUGGGUUGGGUCCUUUGGUUUUUUUAAGAGGGUUCAAAAUAAAAAGAAGCAGUGUCUUUUCUUCCUAGUGAGAGAAUUCUACAUUCUCUGUAGUUACUUUUUUUCAGGACUGUAUACUGGUGUUUAUACUGAAGUUGAACCAUGCGUUUAGUCCAGGCUAGUAUGUUGAUUUCUUUUAAACAAACAGUUUGUGCUGUGUUUUGCUGUGAUGGAAAGGCUCAGUGAGAUGAAAACAAGAGCAGACAACACACUGCCACAUGCCACUUCUGCUUUGCAAAUGCGGUGUUGUUCAUAGUCACUUGUGUCUCACUUGUUGUGACGUGAGCUGUGCAAUGUAAGCGUUGCUUGCAGUCCAGUGAUGAUCCUAGACAUUGCUAUGGGGAUCCAUGGAAGUGGGUGUGUGCAUGUGCACUUGUUGCAAACACUGCUGAGAACCACUGAGCACUCUUGUCAGGGCUCCAUUUUUUGGCUUUCUAAAGUCAUGGAUAACCAUGGCCUGAUCAGAGUUAGAGGAUGAACUGUAUUUCUGUGGGAAGCAGAUAUUUAAGGGACAUAAUGAAGUGGUGCAUAAACUGUUGUAGUAAGGGGAUAUGUUUUAGUGUUGAGAUUAAUGUACAAUGACUUGAUUUUACUUGCAUUUAUUGUUGUUAUAUAAUUUAAUCCAAGGCUCCAGAAUAGCAGAUUGCACAAGAGAAUGGUGUUAGUAUUCCAGGUUAGUACUUAACUCUGCUGCCUCACUGAUGCAACAAGAUAAUUAAUGGCUUGUGAGUAUAUUGUUUAACUGUAGACAUCUGGUUUAUGGUAAUUUGAAUCUUUUUUCUAGAACUUUCCAUAUAUAUAGUAAUAAAUGUAAAUAUGGUAUAUAACCAUGUACAAUUUAGAAAAUUCUAUACAGUGCAGCCUUUCCAUAAAUUGCCUGAGGAAACUUAGUGAACUCUUGAAGACACAGUUAUCAUGCUUCUGGUUCCUGCUAUGUGUAUGCCCUCCACUUCACUUGUUUCUGUGGUUCUGUCUAGCCCAUGUGGUGAAGUCUUUAUCUCACUUCACGGGGAAAUUAUGAAAAUCUGAACAUGCAAAUGUGUUAAGAGAAGAAACCACUGUUUCUUUGGAAAUCUUGCAGCUGGGGGUUUGUGAAGUUACUGUUCAUCCUAAAUAGGUGCUUAAAAUUAAGAAAAUGAAUGCUUGCAGGACCAGAGCUUAGCAAAAAAAAAAAAAAAUCUCAUUUUUUCAGUUGCAGUAUGUGCAUAAAAUUUCUAAACUGAGAGGUCCAUAGUGUGUGCACACUUCUGAGAGCAGUCUUGUAAACAAUCCCAUUUUACUCUGUAAACAGAAAGAGUUUCAAGAAAAUGGAACUCAAAUGGGAAAGCUGGCUGUUCUCUAGACUGUUGCAGCGGUUUGAUAGAUCAGAUAUGGGGAUUUUUAACAGAUGUAAAGGAACAUUCCUUCAAUGGUUUACAUUCCUUCUUCAGUGACAGACCUGAAUUCUAUUUCUUUCAUCCUUGCUGCUUCGUACAGUCUAAUUAACUCUUCAGUGUUUACAUUAAGGAUGAAACAUCCCUUGUAUUUUUUAUUUUUGAGAAGUUUCACGUUUGUUUUGAAUCUUGUUUGAGUCUCAGUUUGGAUUUCCAGGUUUGUUAGCUUUCCUUCUUUUCUAAAAGAAAUGUAUUUCUCAAGACAGCAACAUGGUUGAGAUCUCUUGUAUAUAUUUAGCGAAGUACCUAGACUAUGAAGUUGUACUAUUGUUCUGUAAAGAGGAUGAAUGGAAAUUAUUGUAAAGCGUUGGGAAAAGCAUAGUAUUGUAUUUGUAACAAUAUUGUUCUUUGUAAACAUUUAAUGAUCUCUAUAUAAAAAUAUAAAUAUAUAUAUAAAUAUAUGUGAGCCUGGAAUGUUGAUAUUGCACAUCUACUGAAUGUAAUUACUCUGAUGUUUUCUGCCACAGGUUCAUGACCUCUCUAAUGAAGCUGUGCUGGUUUGAUUUGGGGGAGAGACAGAGGGGACUUUUUGCUUUGGAUGGGAUAGGGUAAGGGGUUUCUGGCCAGUUAUUUUGUUGUGAUGUAUUUACUGUGCUACAUUCCUUUAUUUAACAGAGCGCUAAUGUCUGUAAGAUUUGCAACAAUAAACUACAAAACAAAAAUACCUCAGACAAGGCUGAGAAUCAUACUGACCUAGAGGCUGACUUGCCAAUGCUGAAUGCAUGCAUAAUUGGAAGGUGUCUGAACUUGUUUUUUGCCACUUAGUCUGGAGUAAUUCUUAUCUAUGUUUCUGCAGGCAUGAAGCGGUACUGUUACCUUUAUUUUUACAACAGCGUUCUUUUCAGGCAAUACAUGACACUAGUGCUCCUAAACAAAAGUGAUUCCUAAUCUACUGUGAUUGUGACAGGAAUAUUAUUUAUUUGACUGAAUAAGUAGGAUUCUUUUCAUAAAUGGGGCUUUGAUAAAAAUUCUUCACACUUAGUUUCUGAAAUCACUGUUUUCCUUUAAAUGUCAUCAGCAUGAUUUAUUAUUAAAGACCUAACACCAUUUCAAUAAAUAAAAGUAGAAUUCUGA